CCCUGAUGGGUGGCAAAGUUUAGCAGUCGCACUGUACAAAGGAACACGAAGAAGACCCUUCUGCCUUCUCUUUUUCCCCCGUCUUCAACGUAAAUGCAAAGUAUGUGGUCCCUGCAAAAUUUUGGGGAAAAACAUCCACCUGUUCACAUCCGCAUGCAGUUCCCCAUCCUUCCCUCCAAAUACAACCAUCGAUUUAUUUGCUCUUAGGUACCCAUCAAACCAAUUGAACCAUCAAUUAUUGUGCUUGGAACAACCAUUAGAGGCAAACGAUUGACAAUCUUUCAAGAGAUUAAGGCAUCAGACUGAUGCUCUAAUUUUCGUCUCUCCUCCUCCGAAUCCGCUUCCAUGGGAACGAACAACCUCCAGCCAUGGGACUGGAAAUGAAAGAAGAAGGCAAGUAAGGCAGCAAUCAGCUUGGGGCUGUAUGACCUUCGCAUGUGCUGACUGGACCCAACUACCAAAAAUCUGGAAGGACUAAAACUCAGUUUGACGAAGUCGACAAGAAGAGCUGAGAAGAUCGACCAUAAAAGAAGCGCCUGCUCUUUCCCCUGCGAUGCUGCGAGCCUGAAAGCAUCUCCAACCGCACGGUGAUGGCUGCAACUCGGUGUCUCACUCUCUUCAUAUUUCUUCUUCCUCUUUUCCUCGUUGCUGAGGCCCAGAGCCCCUACUACAACUGUCCCAACACCGGCCCAACCUUCGCCGCAGGGACUGCCUACGAGAAAAACCUCAACACCCUCUUGGCCUCUCUCAGAGCCAAUGCUUCCGUGAGUCCUAGCUUUUUCUACAACACCACAGUGGGCAGGAGCCCCGACCAAGUCUAUGGCUUGGUGCAGUGCCACACAGACAUCUCUCCCGAUGACUGCAGUUUUUGCGCCGUGUCUUCUGCCUCUCAAAUCCUCCAAGUGUGUCCCAGUGCCAAAAUUGCUGUGAUAUGGUUCGACAAUUGCCUCUUACGCUACUCGAGUGUCGAUUUCUUUGGCGUGGUAGAUAGCUCCCAGCUGGCUCUGGUUAACACCAAUGGCAUCUCUAACCCCUCACAGUUCAAACCAGUUGCUAUAUCCUUAUUCAAUAAUCUCAGCGCGUCGGCUACCACCAAUAAAUCCCGCUUCUACACCACCGGUGCUGUUCCCUACACAGAUAACACGACGCUCUACAGCUUGGUGGAAUGCACAAGAGACUUGUCUCCGAAAUUCUGCGGUUCUUGUUUGAACAAUUCCAUUAGAUCCAUGUCACAGUGUUGCAUAGAUAAACAAGGAGCUAGAAUUCUGUCCGGGAGUUGUGUUAUUAGGUAUGAGAUUUAUCCUUUCUUCGGAAACUUAUCAACGCUGACGCCUCCCAAAGCACCGCCUGCUUCGCCGCCGGCGCCUAACGGGUCUACCUCUCCGGUGCCACCACCCCCAUUAGCUACGAAUAAUUCAUCAGGAUCUGGUAGGAGUUCCUCGAAGCGUAAAACUGUCAUCAUCGCCACAUCAGUAGCGAUACCAGCGGGAUUGCUACUGUGCAUUCUGUUGGUGUGCUUGGUCGCGAGAAAAAGGAAAGCAGAGGCACAACCACAAGCUAGGAGUGAAAUAGGAGGCCAUGAUUCCAUAAUUUUUGACCUUAAUUCUCUUAGAGCUGCAACCAACAACUUCUCUGAAGCAAAUAAGCUUGGGCAAGGUGGCUACGGUCCCGUCUACAAGGGUACGCUAUCCGAUGGUCAGGAAAUUGCAGCGAAAAGACUUUGCAGAAAUUCUGGUCAGGGAACUGCCGAGUUUAAAAAUGAAGUGCAAUUGGUUGCCAAACUCCAACACAGAAAUUUGGUUAGGCUUCUUGGCUGUUGCUUCGAAGGAGAAGAGAAGAUACUUGUCUAUGAGUACGUGCCUAACAAAAGUCUUGAUCAUUUUCUAUUUGAGGAUGCUUCUAAACGUGGACAGCUGGACUGGAUGACACGAUUUAAGAUCAUUCUGGGAAUUGCAAGGGGCCUCCUGUAUCUUCAUGAAGAUUCCAGGCUCACAAUUAUUCAUAGAGAUUUGAAAGCGAGCAACGUCUUGUUAGAUAAAGAUAUGAAUGCCAAGAUAUCAGACUUUGGAAUGGCAAAGCUUGUUGGUUUGAACCAGACACAGGGCAGUACUAGCAAUAUUGCUGGAACAUAUGGAUACAUGUCACCCGAGUAUGCAAUGCAAGGUCAGUUCUCCCUUAAAUCGGAUGUUUUCAGCUUCGGAGUUUUGCUGUUAGAAAUUAUUAGUGGUGAGAAAAAUUCUAGUUUCUACCAAGCAGCUCGUGCUGAAGACCUUGUCGGCUAUGCAUGGAGGCUCUGGAGGGAAAACAGAGGACUAGAAGUGAUAGAUAAAACAAUGCCCGGUCAACUCCAGAAAAGUGAAAUGCAGAGAUGCAUCCAUAUAGGCUUACUGUGUGUCCAAGAAAGUCCAGUUGACAGACCAACCAUGUCUCAAGUGGUGCUCAUGCUCGGAAAUACGUCAAUGACACUUGCAAUCCCUUCUCCUCCAGCCUUUUUGGGAGGGAUCAGCAAAGUUCAAUCAGAAACUGAAUCACAUGUCACCUCCUCCACUCCAGAUCAUUCCAUGGGUAGCACACCGAAGUGGUCGGUAAAUGAUGUGUCAAUUUCUGAACUAGAAGCACGGUAGAAUUGAUUGUCUAAUGCAGUGUGAUUUAGUAGCCAGUGCUUCCAAAUGCAACAGAAGAACUACCGUUGAGCGAACCAGGCACCGUUAUGUUUGCUUGCUGAUUUUAAGUCCUAUUUCUGUUUACCAAUUGUCUCUUAAGAUCUUUUGUCGCAUUAACAUAUGACACAUGAUGUUGUACAAGUGUACCAAUCAACUGUAAGGGAUUACUAUAGAAUGAUGGCACGGUAUUACCAUUGUGAGACAAACAGCCACAGGUUUCAGGCACAGAGGGGGCUACAAAUCAUCUCUUGGUGACAUAAUGUUCGUCCUGUAAUGAAAUGUUGUAGUACAAUACGCAUAAAGGUGUUGUGGGAAGGCUUUAAUUAGUGGUAGAACAA